GCUGCCGGCCCCACCUGCAUCAAGCUGGGCCAGUGGGCCAGUACCCGGAGGGACCUCUUCUCUGAGGCCUUCUGUGAUGAGUUUUCCAAGCUGCACGUUGAGGUGAGCCCACACCCGUGGGGCCACACUGAUGAGCUCCUAAGGAAGGCCUUUGGUGAGGACUGGACGGGCAUCCUCAAGUUCCAGAGCCGGGAACCUGUUGGCUCAGGCUGUGUCGCCCAGGUGUAUAAAGCCUAUGCUGACCUCACUGCUAUCUCCGGCUCCCAAGCCAAGGAGCUAGCACGAUGCUCAGAGUUAAGAUCCACUUUUGAAGCGUGGGAAGUGUCAGGCUUUAGAGGUUUCCUCAGGUGGCUGAGGAGGAGGAAGAGCGAGGAUAAGAGGAGCAGGGAGGAGCUGAGCCCAGCAGACUGCUUCCAAGGAAGUCCUGUGAGUGGGAUGCCCCUUAUGGAGCAGAUGGCCAAACCACUCCUGAAUGCAAAUCCUUCAUCAGCCAGACAUCUCACACCUGUAGCCAUUAAAGUCCUGCACCCUGGGCUAGUUCACCAAGUCCAGAUGGAUUUGUUCCUCAUGAAGAUGGGUAGCCACAUCAUUGGACUUAUCCCUGGAUUCAAGUGGCUUAGUUUGACAGAGAUCGUGGAGGAGUUUGAGAAGCUUAUGAUUCAGCAGAUUGACUUACGCUACGAAGCCAGAAAUCUGGAGCGCUUCCGACAAAAUUUUCUAGAUGUCGAUUUUGUAAAGUUUCCAAGUCCCCUUCGGCCUUUGGUAACGACUGACGUUCUAGUGGAAACAUUUGAGGAGAGUGAGCCUAUUUCGCACUACCUGCAUGCAGAGAUUGCCACAGAGCUGAGGCAGAGACUUGCAAAGAUGGGCAUGGACAUGCUGCUAAAGAUGGUCUUUGUUGACAACUUUGUCCAUGCUGACCUGCACCCUGGGAACAUCCUGGUUCAAGGCACGGCCCAUGUCAGCACCAGCUGCAAGGAGCAGACAGCCAUCGUGGACCUGUGUGACACGCUUGUGGUGGAAGUGCAGCCGCCUGUCAGGCGGCUCUGCCUGGUGCUGCUGGAUGCGGGGAUUGUGGCGGAGCUGCAGAGCGCUGACAUGCAGAACUUCCGGGCAGUUUUCACGGCUGUGGUCCAGGGACAGGGGGAGAGAGUGGCAGAACUGAUCCUUCAUCACGCCCGUGCUAACCAGUGUCAGGAUAUCGAGCGAUUCAAAGCCGAGAUGGCGGAACUAGUCACCAAGGUCCGGGGGAACACCAUUGCCCUAGGAAAGCUUCAGGUGGCAAAUCUCCUCUCGAAUGUCUUUAAACUAUUGAUGACCCAUAAGGUGAAGCUUGAGAGCAAUUUUGCUUCCAUCAUCUUUGCCAUCAUGGUUCUGGAAGGUCUUGGUCGUUCACUGGACCCUGAACUGGACAUCCUAGAGGCAGCUAAACCGCUGCUCAUCAAAACUGCAGCUUCUGUCCUCGAAUAG